AUUAACCUCAUACAGCUCUACAGACUUCUUUUGCCCUCUUAAUGCUUAAAACAGAUUAUCUUGGCUGACUGAACAAUAUAGAGAGGGAAAUUUCCAGUAACCAAUUCCUGUAGAAACAAAAUCUGGACCUCUAGUUCUUCAAGACAGGCAUCUGUUUCUGAAAAAUGGACAAGAAGCCGGAUAUCUACCGGAGGGAGUUAGUGGAUGUUCAGGGUGUCCCCCUCUUCUGGAGCAUUGCUGAGGAGUGGUCCCAGGUGGAGUCAUUUGAGGCCCGACCUGAUGACCUUCUGAUCUCAACCUACCCCAAAUCUGGGACAACCUGGGUCAGCGAAAUAUUGGAUUUGAUCUAUAACAAUGGAGAUGUGGAGAAAUGUAAGCGGGAUGCAAUAUACAAACGAGUGCCGUUCAUGGAAUUGAUAAUUCCUGGAUUCGAGAAUGGUAUAGAGGAUUUGAAAAAAAUGCAGCCUCCUAGAUUAGUGAAAACACACCUACCUGUUCAACUUCUCCCUUCUUCAUUUUGGAAGAAUAACUGCAAGAUGGUGUAUGUUGCACGAAAUGCUAAAGAUGUGGCUGUAUCUUACUAUUAUUUCUACCAGAUGGCAAAAAUACACCCAAAGGCUGGUACCUGGGAGGAAUUCCUGGAUAAAUUCAUGACUGGGAAGGUGGCUUUUGGUUCUUGGUAUGACCAUGUGAAGGGCUGGUGGGAGAAGAGGAAUGAUUAUCGUAUCUUUUAUCUAUUUUAUGAAGACAUGAAAGAGAAUCCAAAACAUGAAAUUCAGAAGUUGUUACAGUUUCUAGAGAAAGAUUUGUCAGAAGAAACUGUGGAUAAAAUCCUCUAUCACAGCUCUUUCAAUGUGAUGAAACAGAAUCCAAGUACAAAUUAUACCACUAUACCAGAUUUUGAUAUGGAUCAUUCUGUAUCUCCUUUCAUGAGAAAGGGUGAGAAAUCAUAUACUAGUUUCUAUACAGCUUGCUAAUUACAGUCAUGGAUCAUUCUGUAUCUCCUUUCAUGAGAAAGGGUAUUUCAGGAGAUUGGAAAAACCAAUUCACCGUAGCCCAGUAUGAAAGAUUUGAAAGAGAUUAUGAAAAGAAAAUGAAAGGUUCUACACUGCGGUUUCGUUCAGAGAUUUAAGAAGUCCUGCUCUUUCUCCGACUUGUUUAACUGACACUUAAAUUAAAAGAAAAAAUAUCCCUUCAAACAUUUAGUGACAAGAAUUCUGUAUGUUAAUUUUCUCUAUUUACUAAUAUUAGUGGUUUGUAAUAGAAUAUUCAAAGAAUUUCAAAGUCUACAUAUAAAAAACCAAUACUGUCUGUAUGAUUUUAAUUACCUUCCACAAUGUUCUUACUCUUCUUAAAGACAAAAUAAUAAAACAAAGUUUAAAAUCUAUAAA